CUAUUGCCUACCGUCAAUCCCGUAUUCUGACAUACAAUCAGUUCUUUAUAUUCGUUAAACCCCGCAGUUCGCGCGUUCCUCUAGCUUACACAAGAUAUAAAAUGAAUGCAUCGCAGCUGUUACCAUUAGAACUUAUUGAUAAAUGCAUUGGAUCACAGAUCUGGGUGGUCAUGAAAACUGAGAAAGAGUUCACAGGCAAAUUGCUCGGUUUUGACGAUUAUGUUAACAUGGUGUUGGAAGACGUGACCGAGUACGAAAAAACCAAGGAAGGCUACAGCACCAGCAAGUUGAGCCAGAUCUUAUUGAACGGCAACAACAUAUGCGCGUUGAUUCCAGGUGGAGAAGGACCGAUUAAGAAUUAACAGAGACAAAUUGACAAGAGGAUCGAAGCUCAACAAUACUACAACAACAAUUAUAAUAAUAAAGCAAC